AUGCUCUUUAACAAUUUCCGAUUGAUUUUCUGCGUAAUUUCCUCGAUUUUCGCCAUUUUCUCAGUUUUUUCGAGCUGUUUUGGGGACCCUUCGAGCACAAAAAAGGAACAUUCUGGAAGGAAUUUAUUCCAUUCAGAGACUUCGGAUUCUUCUGGAUCUUCAUGGAAAAGUGGAAGAAUGAGUGAAAAGGAGAGAAUUGAAUUGAGGGAAGAGGCCAGAGACAUGUUCUAUCACGCCUAUAGAGCCUACAUGGACAGAGCCUAUCCGGCCGAUGAAUUGAUGCCUUUGAGCUGUAAGGGAAGAUAUAGAGGGGUGUCGCCCAGCAGAGGGGAUAUCGAUGAUUCCUUAGGAAAUUUUUCCCUGACCCUGAUCGAUACGUUGGACACACUCGCCCUCUUCGGUGAUCUUGAGGAAUUCGAGAGUGCCGUGAAAUUGGUCAUCGAUGACGUCACCUUCGACAAUGACGUAGUCGUUUCGGUUUUCGAAACUAACAUCAGGGUUUUAGGCGGUCUUUUAUCCGCCCACGUGAUAGCCGAAUAUCUUCAACAAAGAGAUGACGUCAUGAAAUGGUACAAAGGACAACUUUUGGACAAGGCCAAAGAUGUCGGUUAUCGAUUGUUGCCCGCCUUUAAUACGACAACGGGCAUACCGCAUUCCAGAGUCAACAUGAAAUACGGCCUUAAACACGACAAACUGGAUCAAUUUAGCCGUGAAACUUGCACUGCAUGCGCUGGCUCGAUGAUUUUAGAAAUGGCCGCCUUGAGCAGAUUGACAGGUGAUGAAAUCUUCGAGAUGAAAGCCCAGAAGGCCAUGGAUGAAUUGUGGAAGAUGAGGCACAGAGGAUCGGAUCUCAUGGGAACAAUUCUCAACGUCCAUUCGGGCGAUUGGAUCAGAAGAGACUCAGGAGUAGGCGCUGGAAUCGACUCGUAUUACGAAUACUGUCUCAAAGCCUACGUCUUAUUGGGCGAUGAUAAAUACCUGAAUAGGUUCAAUAGGCAUUAUGAGGCCGUGAUGAAGUACAUAUCCCAGGGGCCUAUGCUGUUGGACGUGCAUAUGCACAGGCCACAUACUAAUAGCAGAAAUUUCAUGGACGCCCUUUUGGCGUUUUGGCCGGCCCUUCAAGUUUUAAAAGGCGACAUCAAGCCGGCCGUGGAAACGCACGAAAUGCUUUAUCAAGUGAUGCAACGUCACAAAUUCAUACCGGAAGCUUUCACCACUGACUUCCGGGUCCAUUGGGGCAAUCACCCAUUGAGGCCUGAAUUUUUAGAGUCUACCUAUUUCUUAUAUAAAGCUACGGGCGAUCCCUAUUAUUUAGAGGCCGGCAAAACCGUACUCAAAUCCCUCCAGCGCUACGCCCGCGUUCCCUGCGGUUACGCCGCCGUCAAUGACGUCAGAACUGGAAAAAAAGAAGAUCGCAUGGACUCCUUCGUUUUGGCCGAAACUCUAAAAUACCUCUAUUUGCUCUUCUCCGGAGAAAACGAGGACUCUCCGAUCGAUUUAGACGAGUUUCUGUUCACCACCGAAGGGCAUCUGUUGCCUCUGUCUUUGGCCAAUGGUACCCAGAAAAUCGAAGAAACCGACGAGAAAUUCGACCGGACCUGUCCGAACGCCUUCCUGCUCUUCCCGGAAACCUUCCGGAAACCUCUGGAAAACCUCGUGGAGGGAACCUGCCCCAAGUUUCCCGCAUCCAGAAGAAGAAAAUUAACAGCCGGGGAGUUUUCUCCGGCCAACUUGGAUCAUUUGCGCAUGAUCAAAGACAUGGGAAUAAACGUGUUGGCCUUGGACGAUGGAAAGGUCCAAUUUUUGCACACUUACGCCUCGGCCCUAAGUACGGCAGACGCCGAAGAAGGCCUCGCCUUCAUGCGCGAGAUGCUCGAAUUCUCGCGUCACCAGUCCCAGUUGCCUCAACAACCCCAACAGGCCGUCGCCAUGACGACACGAGAACAAGAUGGCCGCCUGACGACCGUUGUCAUGGCAGCGGGACCUGCGCAGUUCGGGGAAAAUCUACAGGGAGACAGGGAAAUCAAGGCCUAUGCGACGCUGGUGGAGCCUCCUAGGGCCUGCGAAGAGCCCGAGAAUGCGGAAAAACUUCGAGGGAAAAUCGCCGUGAUGGAGAGGGGUGAUUGUAUGUUCGUGGAAAAGGUCAGGAGGGUGCAAAAAGCGGGCGCCGUGGGCGCCAUUGUGCUCGACACGACGCCGGGCACCGGCGCCGGACAUUCGCCCUUCUUCUCCAUGUCCGGCGACGGGAAGAAUGACGUCACCAUACCGGCAGUCUUCCUUUUCACCGAGGAAUCUUCAAAAUUGCUCUUAAAAUUGAAGAGGCAUCCCCGAGGGGUGGAGAUUUCCUUAGGGGAGUUGCGUGAAAAUGAAGACAAGAUUUCAUCGAAAAAUUUAAAUUUUGGAAAAUUCGAGGAAAAUGAGGAAAAUGAUGAGUUUUUUAAAUUUUCUCAAAGCGGGAAGAAUUACGAGUUUACUCGGGUUCACGGGAAGAAGAAAAUCGAAGAAAAUGGAAAAAAUAAAGAAAAAUUACAGAAAAUCGAAGGAAGCAAAAUUGAAUCAAUUUCUUCGGAAUUUUCUGCUCGGUUCGACAAAAGUGAAGGAAAGUUGAAGGAAAUCGAAGAAAAUGGCGGGAAAUUUUCAAAAUCUUCGAAAUUUUACAGUGAUUUCGAAGAAGAAGAAACAAAUGUGUUCGAAAAACUCAAAAUUUCCGUAAAAAACUUUAUCGAUAAACACACCGGCAUGAAGUUUGUCCGAAAAAACGAAGAAAAUGAGGAAAAAAUUAAAAAACCCGAAGAAAUUGAAGAAAAACUUAAGAAAAUCGAAGACAGUGAAAAUAUAUUGAAGACAAUCGAAAAAAUCGUAAACCACAAAAUCGACCCCAUUUUUUCAAAACUUCCUUCAAGCCUCGUAAAAAGUGAAGAAAAUGAAGAACACUUGAAGAAAAUCGAAGGAAACAAGGAAAAUUUGAAAAAAAAUUCAAAAAUAGAAAAAAACAAAAUCGACCCGAUUUCUUCAGAAUGUUCUUCUCGUCCCGAAAAAAAUGAAGACGAAGAAAAUGAUCAAAAAAUCGAAGAAACCGAAGAUAAAUUGAAUGAAAUCGAAGAAAAUAAAGGAAAAUUAGAGAAAAUCGAAAACCACAAAAUCGACCCGAUUUCUUCAACAUUCUCUUCUAGGGUCGAAAAAAGCAAACAAAACGAAGAAAACGAAGAAAAAUUGAAAAAAUUUGAAAAAAAGAUCGAAAAAGACGAUAUUGAGCAGAUUUCUUCAAAAUUUUCUUCUCGCCUCGAAAAAACCGAAGAGGUUCGUCGAAAAAUUCAAGAAACCCACCAAAAAUCUUCAAAAUCUUCCGAAUACUCCUCUAAAAUCAUCGAAAUCGGUCCCUUUAGGGCCAUAUUGGACGAUUACAAAGUGAAAAUAACGCGAAAUAACCCCGGGAAAUCUUCGAAAAAGAGUUAUACUAACCCCAGGGUUAACGAGGAGUGGCGAAAAAUACGGAAAACCCUCCUGAAGAUGCUUCUAAAAGAAGAAAACGAGGAACUUUUGGUGCCUUUGAACAUCUUGGGGAUAUAUUAUUCGACUUUGAGGGGGGAAAUCGGGGGAGAUGCAGGUGGAAUCGAGGAGGUUAGGCAAACGGAAUGGUUACUGGAGGAGUUAAAUGAAGAAUUUUCCGGUUAA